AAUGUAGAUUGCAGACGUACACAUACGCUUCGCGGGUCAGGAAAACUGCGCAUGGGCGGAAGUAAGUUCCGCAGGACAGUCAAGCUAUCAAGUUGUGCGGGUUGCUUCAUGUAAGCCACCUAAGGAGUGGCAGUAGCCUCUCCUCUAAAGAUGGUGGCUACAUCUCUUGAUACUUCCAUGCAGAUAAGUAGCACCAUGGUUGCAGAUGUGGUCUUUGUUAUUGAAGGCACAGCCAAUCUGGGGCCAUAUUUUGAGUCCUUGAGAGAACACUACCUUCUGCCAGCUAUUGAAUACUUUAAUGGAGGACCCCCUGCUGAGACUGAUUUUGGAGGAGAUUACGGUGGCACACAAUACAGCUUGGUUGUGUUUAACACUGUGGAUUGUGCUCCAGAGUCCUAUGUUCAGUGUCAUGCCCCUACGAGCAGUGCAUUUGAGUUUGUAACAUGGCUAGACAGCAUACAAUUUAUGGGAGGAGGUGGAGAAAGCUGCAGUCUUAUUGCAGAAGGACUGAGUACAGCAUUGCAACUUUUUGAUGACUUUAAGAAGAUGCGGGAACAGAUAGGUCAGACCCACAAGGUUUGUGUACUGAUAUGCAAUUCCCCUCCCUAUCUUCUUCCAGCUGUAGAAAGUACUACUUACUCUGGCUGCACGACAGAAAACCUUGUACAGAUAAUUGGAGAUCGGGGCAUUCACUUUUCUGUUCUGUCUCCACGCAAACUUCCUGCUCUUAGGAUGUUGUUUGAGAAAGCUGCUCCAGGGGGUGUGAUUGAAGCCCAACCCAAGGAUUACAGUCAAGAUCCACGGCAUAUGAUCUUAAUUCGAGGAAUUGUGCUUCCAGGUGGUGGGGCAGCAGCUGUGGGUCCGGUUCAGCCCAAACAAGUCAUCACUCAGACUCCGCAGCAGAGCCCAGUGCAACCAGCUAUGCCUCCUGUACAGACACAGUCUCCACAAUUAGCACCACAGCCUCCUCAGCAAAUUCAGGCUAUUCCUCAGCCUUACCAAGUGCAAUCGAAUGCCUCCUUGAGUGCCCAUGCUGCUGCCAAGCUGGCUUUGGACACUGCAAACAGUCAGAUAAACCAGCAAACCCGUUUCAUUAAUCCACUAUCAAUUGCACCAGGGGUUGUUGCUCCGUACAGCCAGGUACAAGGGCAGCCUUUGACAACUGUAUCAAUAUCAAACAUGGGUUCAAAAAUCCCUCCUGCUGUUACUCCUAUAAUUCCACAACCCUCUUCAACCAGUUUAGUCUCCACAGUUACUGGGCAGUCAACCUUACUGACUCAGCCUGCACCUCAGCAACCUGUACAGACCGUUCCACCAACCAUGCCUGGAACUGUGGUAUCAGCAGCAGCAGUAAAUGUGUCGCAGUCAGGAACUUCACAGAUUAACCCUCAACAGCUCACAGGACCUCCACAGCAAACCGUGACUAACAAAGUGCUGGCGUGGAGUGGGGUACUUGAGUGGCAGGAGAAGCCUAAACCAGCCUCAGUUGAUGCCAAUGCAAAGUUAACCCGCUCUCUUCCUUGCCAGGUCUAUGUUAACACUGGCGAGAAUCUAAAAACAGACCAGUGGCCACAGAAGUUGAUUAUGCAACUGAUUCCACAACAACUACUGACAACACUAGGUCCCUUAUUUCGAAACUCCCGGAUGGUCCAAUUUCAGUUCACCAGUAAAGAUCUGGAGUCUGUGAAAGGACUUUACCGAAUAAUGACUAGUGGAUUUGCAGGCUGUGUUCAUUUUCCACAUACGGCCCCAUGUGAGGUCCGAGUGCUUAUGCUGCUGUACUCUUCCAAAAAGAAAAUCUUCAUGGGGCUCAUCCCCAAUGACCAGGGCGGCUUUGUGAACGGCAUUAGACAAGUCAUCACCAAUCACAAACAAGUCCAGCAGCAAAGAAAUCAACAGCUCGGUGUAGCCCAGCCAGUGGCAACUGGGUCUGUUUCCAACCAGCAGGGAUUCAUGCAGAAACAACCUGGACCCCUACCUGUGACACAGGGAGUCCAACAGCAGCUGACCAGCCAGCCAGUGAAUCCUGGGUUACCACAAGUCACAAUGAUGGAUGAACAGCAAAGGCAGCAGAACUUGAUCCAGCAGCAGCAGCUUCAAAUACGAGCACAGCAGCAGGCAGGGGUCCAGGGUGCUGCACAGCAGCCAACAGCACCAGCAUCUGGCAUGGCGCAAGGACAGCAACAGCCACAGCAAGGAGCAAUGCUGAGGCCAUCCAAUCCAGGAGCGAACCCCCAGCUGCGUAGUCUUCUCCUUAACCAGCCCCCUCCUCAACCUGGAGUGCCACAAUCCCAGCAGCCUUUACAUCACCUACAGCAGCAGGCUCCAGGGAUGCUACAGCACCAACCCAUGGGGCAACAGAUGUCUCAUCAAGCACCAGGACAACCACAGAUGCAACUCCCAGGCCAGCAGCUGAUGCAUCAGACAGCAGGACAGCAGUGGGCAAAUCAGAUGCCGCAGCAUGCUCAAAUGCCAGGUGCAGUGAUGAUGAAUCCUGGGACACGAGGCCCCAUUCCUCAGCCAGGAUUACAGCAAAUUCAACCGCCAAGUGUUAUGGAAGAAGACAUACUCAGGGACCUCAUCUGAAGGCAGAAUUUGACUGUCCUUUCCACCUGUACUAGUCUCUUUAGCAGCUACAACUUUGUUGAACAAUUCAUUGUUCUGCAUUGUAAAGGAGUUGGAAGUGAAACUGAAGCUUGCAUCACCAGAUCAAUCAUUUUUGUCUCAAACAUAUGCACAAUGGUGAUACUGUCCAAAGAAAAUAACAUUUCUUUCAGAAUCUUAGAAUUAAUUGAACUGUUAUUAAGGUACUGUACAGAUUUCUGAAACUCCAUCAACGUAGUCUCGUCACUUAGCUGCUGUUGAACUCCAUUUAGGAUGCAGUGUCUUCUAGUAACUGUACAUUCAGCUCUGCAAACAAUCAUAAUGCUAGAUUCCCACUUGGCUUUAAAAAUUGUUGAUCCCUAGCAUUCUUUUUAUUUGAAAAGUUGGAAAACCAUUGAGAUAAGAGAUCCACAAGCCAAGAUGAAAGAGUCCAGCACAAUUGUUUUACACAUUUCAUGCGAUUGUAACUUGUCACAUUUUUCUUCGUGUCUAAUUAUCAUCUCUCUGAAUGUCACCCUUUGUAACAUACACAUUAGCUUAAAGAUAAGUUUUAUUAAUUCAGUCUAUUUCCACGAAUGGAGCUGUUGUCCCCUCUAUUUUUUUUUUUUUUAAUUAUUUUUGUCCAUUUAAUAAAGAUGCUUCUAGUCUUUA